UAAACUAGAGGAAACCACCACCUAACUUUCUAGUUCUCUCUUUCACCUUCUACUUCCAUUGCCAUCCUUCACCCAUGACCCAAUCUUCUUCUCUCUUUCAAUAACCAAUUUCCUUUCAAAAUUCAAAUCAUACAGCAUUGUGAUUAUUUUCUAUCCCUCAACAAAAUUGUGAGAAUUGAAUUCAGUCUACAAUAAAAAAUAAAAAAAAAAAUCCUUUCUUUGGUGGAAGCAAACAGAAUCCAAAUCGCGGCAGAAAAGCAGAGAGCUCGAAGCGAAGAAAAGAAAACAAGAAGAAGUAGGUUGUGGAUAUUUAUAGAAUAGAAUGAGAACUGAAGCCUUCCAAACAGUUAACAUCUAUCGCCAUCUUCUCAAGGCAGUCAAGAAACAUAUUGGGAAAGAAGAGAACAAGAAGCAUUUUUUAGAAUUUGUAACCUCGGAGUUCCACAAGAAUCGGAAUCUGUCUGAUGGUGUGGCUGUCCAACAGAAAAUAAAGCUUGCUCGUGAUUAUACUUACAUGCUUAAUGGUGUGCACCAUCACAAGGAUUUGCUUUUCUCAUAUAACAUUGCAAUUGAUAGAUCAAAUGAAGUGCAAAGAACACUUGGAAAAUCUGCUGCAAGUGUUGGUCUUCAGCUUCCUGAGGUUUAUCAAUCAUAAUGAUUGGCUGUGUUAAUUUUUGCAUGUAUGGAACUUGCCUUUGUACUUGUACAAAGAAAGGCUUUCGUGUUUUUUUGGUAAUCACGAAACCAGUUGAUUGGAAGUAUCUACUGUCAUAGCAGAUGAAAUAAUUUAUACUAUUUAUGCAUUAGUUAAUGUUUUUUCUUUUUCUCCAGUAAGAACUAUUGCCAUUGUGUUGUAGGACUUUGUUUCAGGAUAAUGUAUUUCCAUGUCCUUUUCAAAGCGACUAAUUUCUUACUCUAAAUGCCGAAUUAUGUUCAUAAGGGCACAGUGUGUUGUUCUAGAAUAUUGAGCUUCUUUUACAGAUGUUUGCAAUGGAAGUUCAGUUCUUGCUUCAGGUUUUUUGCCUUUUGGGAUUAUAUGAGAAUUUUGGCAAACUCCAUUUAA